UGGAACCAACCCACAUGGCCAACCAUAACCAUUUUUCUGCAGUUCUCAUCGUGCUGCUGCUGCAAUGUAUACAACUCAGUUGUGUAGUUGGAGUUUCCCAACCAACGCAAACAGGAGGAAGGUGGGAGCUUCUUUUGAAUAACACUGGCGUAGUGGCCAUGCACAUGGCUUUAACCCGCCACAAUACUGUUGUUGUAUUUGAUCAAACCAGUGCUGGCCCGUCUCAAUAUAAACUCCGUCGAAGAUUCGGGGGGGAAAGGUGUACAUCGGCCCAUGCCGACAAUAUAGACCCCAACUGUUAUGCCCAUUCUGUGGAGUAUGACAUUUCAAGGAAUGAAGUUAGAGCUCUGCGGCUAUCUUCCGAUGCAUGGUGCUCCUCUGGUUCCUUCCUGAGCAAUGGAACUUUGUUACAAACAGGUGGGCAUGGUAGCGGGUCUCGAAGGAUCCGCAAAUUCAGGCCUUGUAAAGACCAUCAUUGUGACUGGAGUGAAUCCCAUUCACUGCUAUCAAAUGAUCGUUGGUAUGCUUCGAAUUUAAUCCUUCCCGAGCAUGAUCGGGUAAUCGUGGUGGGUGGUAGGAGGGCCUUCACAUAUGAAUUUGUUCCAAAAAUGGGGAAAGGGAAGGCCUUUGAUCUACCGUUCUUGCAUCGAACUUUUGAUGAUCGGGAGGGAGGAAACAAUCUCUAUCCCUUUCUUCAUCUCUCCUCUGAUGGGAACUUGUUCCUUUUCGCCAACAGAGACUCUGUUCUCUUCAAUUAUAGACGAAACAAAGUGGUCAAGACAUUUCCUCGAAUACCUGGUCGGGGGUCGCGGAAUUACCCCAGCACUGGCUCGUCGGUGAUCCUCCCAUUGGAUCACGCAGACAGGUUUCGAAAGGUCGAAGUCAUGGUGUGCGGGGGCUCUGCUACCGGAGCUUAUAGGGCAGCAGGACGUGGGCGGUUCGUGAAAGGUCUGCAAUCAUGCGGAAGAAUGGUGAUCACUGGGAACACGAACAAAUGGAAAAUGGAACAAAUGCCAGAACCCCGUCUCAUGCACGAUAUGCUGAUCCUUCCAACGGGCAAUAUCUUGAUCAUUAAUGGCGCUAAAACUGGCAGUGCAGGAUGGGGCAACGCAAGAAACGCUUCCCUUCGACCCUUUCUCUACAAGCCUAAAAACAAACCAAACAGAAGAUUCUCAGUCCUGAAAUCUACCAAAAUAGCAAGAAUGUACCACUCAUCAGCGAUUGUUCUUACCGACGGAAGAAUCUUAGUUGCGGGCGGGAAUCCCCAUAGAAAUUACACAUUCGAGCACGUACAUUACCCGACCGAACUCAGAUUACAAGCAUAUCAUCCAGAUUAUACUGAGCCAAAAUACGACGGUCUGAGGCCAAAGAACGUGUCGAUACACUAUGCUCAAGGUGAUCACGGCAUCAAAUACGGCAAACAGUUCACCGUUCGAUUCAAAUUGGAGAGGAGAAGGAGCGGUGUUCUGGAAUUCAACGCUUACGCACCGCCAUUCACGACUCACUCGAUUUCGAUGAAUCAAAGGUUGCUGAAACUGAAGAACAGGAACACGGAGAUAGACGGCAAUGGCCAAUGGAUAAGUACCGUUGUGGAGGCUCCACCGUCGCCCAAUGUUGCACCCGCCGGUUUUUACUUGCUGACGGUCGUUAAUGGCGGAAUUCCCAGCGUUUCUCGGUGGAUAAGAUUCAUAAAUUCCUGAUUCUACGAAGCUUUCGAAGUAACUUAGUUCUCCUGCUUUAAUAUUUUCAACUUUGAGUUCUUGGGUGAAUAAGACAAUAUCUCCACGAAUUAAAAAAAAAUCUUCCAUAUUUGGAUCAUAUUUACUUAAUCCAAAUUGUUUAUGCAAUAAAAAUCAUUUAGUAUAAAGUUAUUGCAUUAUUCAAGAAA